AUGGUGCAUCACGUGUGCUCGCUGGGGGUCGGCGCGCUGGCCAGGGGAAGUGACGGCAGCGUGAUCAUAGGCGGCGGCGACGGCACGCUGAACGUGUUCGACUGGGAGAACAUGAGGACAGAAGUGCCGCCACCCGUGCUGCAUGGCUCCAUAACGUCUCUCUCUGUAGAUCACGGGGAUGUCGUCAUUGCCGGCACGUCGGAAGGAGAUAUUUUCAAGGUUUCAGAUGGCCUGGAGAGGGCAGUGCCACUGCUGCAGACGCAGCGGGGGGAAUUGAACCAUUUGUGCUUCGACGCCAAUGACGGCAGCACGUUCUCCAGCACCAGCACGGACGGGAGCAUCUGUGUAUGGAGUUCGCGGGCAGGUGGGCAUUCUUGCUUCCGGGACCCGGGACUCAUAAACCUGAAAGCGGUGCUGCAGGACAGGCAGCUGCUGCACAGGCUUCGCAAGCCAGCCUUUGGAUCAGCGACGUCAUCUCGGGUGCUGGAUGGUUUUGUGCUGAGCGGUUGGUCGGACGGCCAUUUGCGCCGCCACGACCUCGCCCCCGGCCACCCGGAGAUCUGGGUGAUUCCGAAUGCGCACAAGUUUGGGAAUUCGACAGGAGUUUCCGCGAUGUGCCUUGGGGCGCGUGGGGAUCUGGUAAUUAGUGGAGGGAUGCGAGGCGACAUCAGGGUGUGGGAUUUGGCGAGCCGAGGCCUCGUUGCGCAGCUAAAGCAGCACAUGGGCGCGGUCACGGCUGUGCGGGCCUUUGCAGACAAUUCGCACGCAUUAUCGUGCAGCGAAGAUCAGUCCAUAAAGCUGUGGGACUUCGCUGCGGAGAAGUGCCUCACGUCGUUCGUAACCAAGAUGGGUGCCAUUCACGACAUCGACCUCGUUGCCGACCAGGUGCAGUUUGUUUCGGUGGGGAAAGACCGCUGCCUGACCUUCUGGGACCUUCGGGAGCCGCGGCCGACACAGGUUGUGCGCCUGUGGGACUUCAGGACCGGGUCAGCCAUUGCCAGCCUGCCUGGCCACACAGGGCGCGUGAGCACCGUCACGUUCAGCCCAGACGGCAGCGCCUUGCUGUCAGCAUCUGACAACGGGUCGCUGGUGUGGUGGGAGCUGUAG